AUGAGUCUUGAAUCUAUGCUAACGCCACGGAAACAGACGAUCAACCGGCAGAAUAUCGUCACAAAGCAUCAACUGAUACUGCAAUUUAAGCGCGUUGUUUGUAGAAAUUAUAACAACGCAGUCGUAGAAAGCAUUAAUUGCUCCUUGACCAAGCACGACAUAACUAAGCAACUAGUACUAAAUUUCGAAUUCAGACUGAGAAAACCGAUAACGGAUUUGGUGGUAAAUUAUAAAUUGUUGCUAAAUCGCUCGGGCAUCAUUACCAAGUUUCAUCAGAUGGAAGCUGAUUUUUGUAAUUUUUUUGAUAACCGUUUCGAUUUCUUUGUCGUUCGUAUGAUUGCCCAAGAGAUACGUCGCUCAUCAAAUAUUCCAUUCGAGUGUCCGCUCAAGAAAAAUUAUUCAUACCAUGCGCGUAAUUUUAGCAUCAAUUCAAAAUUGUUUCCCCAAUUCUUACCCAACUUGAAUUGGUCAUCCUACGCUAAUUUUAGUGUCCACAAUGAUACUGUGGUUGGUUUCUACCUAUUUGGUUCGUUGGUGCGUAAACACCUAUAA